GCUCGCUCAUCCCUUCAAAAAGGCCCAAACACUAUCGCGCACAGCUGCUCGCUCGUCUCACCCCUCCCUCUCUCCUGCGGCGGCCGCAGGCAAUUCGGCGGCGGCCGGUCGAAGGCGGCCCCUGCACCGGCGGAUCUGCAGGUGCGGCGCCCCCUCCUCCGUCUCCACCUUCCCAUCCCCGCAAGUUGACCUUGGCGCCACCGCCGACGCCUCGCUAAUCGCCCGGCCAAACCCUUUCCACCCCAUUUCCUCCCCGCCGUCUCCACCCCGUUCCGCAAUCUUAGACAUCGGUUUCGAAGCGUCCAGAUCCGCCCCGGCUAGUAUCCUGUGCCUUGCGUCGAAGACUUCAAGAUCGUUCUUUUGUAUUUCCGUUAUUCUUGGCUCACAUUGAAGGAUUCACAUUUUGAGGUAAAAUGAGUGGUGCUCCAAAAAGAUCGCAUGAGGAGGGUAGCCACUCUACACCCGCGAAACGGCCUUUGGACGAUAGCAGCUUGUACUCGAGCCCUUCUGGGAAACUCAUUCAACCAGGCGGCAGUGAUUUCCAUGGUCCUUUUGAACAUGAUGGAAGAUUUGCCAAAGUACCACGUGUUGAGUCACGUGAUGAUAAGAGGCCACCUCUGACACAUCGGAUGCCUGUUGGCUCUUCCAACUUUGUUGACCACCCAACCUCAUCUGACAGCAGAUUAGAAUCAAAACAAAACAAAGAUGCACGGGACACCAAGGUUGACGACCGGGAGGCAAAAGCUGAUGCUCGGGAUGUCCAUAGUGAUAGCAGGAUUGAAUUUCAAGGCAAUAAAGCUGAGACUGAUGUGAAGACAAACAACAGAGCAGAUGACACUGAAAUAAGAGUUGACCGGAGGGCGCAUGGUGAUUUCACAGGUGAUGUUGUCAAAUCGGAUAAGGAUAGCCAUCCUACUGGAACUUCAUGCAUAGCCUGGAAAGAUAAUAAAGACCAUAGAGGUAAAAGAUGUGUUGAUCAGCCAGAUGAUACUGCAGGAUGGCGUUUUCUUCGUCCUGGUAUGCAAGGCACUGAUGAAACUCUCAAGGUUCAAACUAUUGUGGAAGAGCGCAGCUCCAAGGAUGCACAUGAAUCUACUGGUGAGAAUAAAAUAGAACCUAAAAGUGAAGAUAAGUUUAGAGACAAGGACAGGAGAAAGAAAGAUGAAAAAUAUAGAGAUUUUGGUGCAAGAGACGCUGAUAGAAAUGAUCGCAGAAUUGGUAUUCAGCUUGCAGGUGGUAGUGUUGAACGAAGAGAAAUUCAAAGGGAUGAUCGGGAUGCUGAAAAAUGGGACAGGGAAAGAAAAGAUUCCCAGAAGGACAAGGAAAACAAUGACCGCGAGAAGGAUUCUGCCAAGAAGGAUUCAUUUGUAGCAGUUGACAAGGAGAACACAAUACUGGAAAAAACUGCUUCUGAUGGAGCUGUUAAACCUGCUGAACAUGAGAGUACAGCUGCUGAAAUGAAGACACUUAAAGAUGACACAUGGAAAUCUCAUGAUAGGGAUCUUAAGGACAAGAAAAGAGAGAAGGAUGUGGAUACAGGAGACAGGCAUGACCAAAGGAGUAAAUACAAUGACAAAGAAUCUGAUGAUACUGGUCCUGAAGGAGAUACAGAGAAAGAUAAGGAUACUUUUGGAAGUAUACAGCGCAGGAGGAUGGCACGUCCAAAGGGAGGUAGUCAAGCAUCUCAACGGGAACCUCGAUUCCGGUCCAAAAUGCGUGAUGGUGAAGGGUCUCAAGGUAAAUCUGAGGUAUCUGCAAUUGUAUAUAAAGCUGGUGAAUGCAUGCAAGAGCUUCUGAAAUCAUGGAAAGAGUUUGAAGCUACCCCAGAUGCUAGAAAUGCUGAGAAUCAACAAAAUGGUCCUACUCUUGAAAUUCGGAUACCUGCGGAGUUUGUUACUUCCACGAAUCGGCAAGUAAAAGGCGCUCAGCUUUGGGGAACAGAUGUUUAUACAAAUGAUUCAGACCUUGUGGCUGUGUUAAUGCAUACUGGUUACUGCUCCCCUACAUCAUCACCUCCACCAUCUGCCAUCCAAGAACUGCGUGCAACUGUUCGUGUGCUACCACCACAAGACAGCUAUACUUCAACACUAAGGAACAAUGUCCGUUCGCGUGCUUGGGGCGCUGGUAUUGGUUGUAGCUUCCGCAUAGAACGCUGCUGCAUUGUUAAGAAAGGUGGUGGUGCCAUUGAUCUUGAGCCUCGCCUUAGCCAUACGUCAGCCGUGGAGCCUACACUGGCUCCAGUUGCAGUGGAGCGUACAAUGACAACAAGAGCAGCAGCUUCUAAUGCAUUACGUCAACAAAGAUUUGUUCGGGAAGUUACAAUCCAGUACAAUCUCUGCAACGAGCCAUGGUUAAAGUACAGUAUAAGCAUUGUGGCGGACAAGGGAUUGAAGAAGUCUCUUUAUACUUCUGCGAGGCUGAAAAAAGGCGAAGUCAUAUACUUGGAAACACAUUUCAAUAGUUCUCGCAGGUAUGAGCUGUGCUUUAGUGGGGAAAAGCCUCGCUCCAUUGGAUCAAAUUCCAGUGCAUCUGAUUUGGAACCGGAAAAACACCAGAACAAUAGCCACCACCAUUUGCAAAACGGGGACAGGGGCGCCAUGGAACAUGAACUCCGGGACGUGUUCCGAUGGUCACGGUGUAAGAAGGCCAUGCCUGAGGUUGCCAUGAGAUCUAUUGGUAUCCCACUGCCAGCUGAACAAGUUGAGGUGCUGCAGGACAAUCUGGAGUGGGAGGACGUGCAGUGGUCGCAGACCGGCGUCUGGGUUUCUGGGAAGGAGUAUCCGCUCGCCCGCGUGCAUUUCCUCUCGGCGAACUAGCGAUGGCGCACUCCGGUAGCAGCAGGCCAGGCCAGGCCAGCCUAUGAAGAAACCAUUUUCUUCUUUCUUGAAUGCUGCUGCUUUGCCACCGUGCCAUGCCAUGUUGUUUGUGUAUAAAAGAGGGAAAAGAGAAGAGAAGCUCAGCUGUUGUAGGCCGUGUUGUGCCUGUAAUCUUUGUUACACACCAAUAACCGUUAUAUGUCUGUCUGAGAGAUGUAAUUCUUGGUUCUUGAGUUAGGCAAAACCGGAUUAUUAUUCGCUGAUUAUUGAAUGCUGGAUGUCAGUUGGAACUAUUUAUCAUCGAAUGUUUCUUUGUUGUA